AUGGGUGAUAGAAGGCUAAAAGAACAGUUGAAAAUAUUGUACCAUAAUAAUAAGAGACUCACACACAGUAUAUAUAAAUACCACUUGGCAUUGCAAAUUUCAGUCUGCUUAAUCCUCUGUCUCUCUUCUCCACCGUCUUCCAUAAUCAUGACUGAUAUUUUGUACCUUUUACUAUUUGUUUUUGCCUCGACUGUGAUGUUUUUGUUGAUUCAAUGUAUGCUGACAAAAAGGCGGGAAAGAUAUGCAGAAUCGGAACAACAUAUGCUGCCAGUCGUAAACCGUCAACCACCACCACCACCACCACCAUCACCAACUUCAACUGGAUCCCAGAUGAUGGAAGGGAAGAAGGAUGAAAUAGUCACCAAUAUUUACAUCGAACAAGAAGGUGCAGAUCGUGAAUGCUCUAUCUGUCUAUCUGAAUUCAAGGACCAGGAAUUGUUCAGGCAUCAUCCAGCAUGCAACCAUGGAUUUCACUUCGAAUGCAUCAAAACAUGGUUGGAUAUCAGUCAAACCUGCCCAUUGUGCCGCCGGAAUACUGUCAUUGAACCAUGA